CUCCGUGCUCGCUGCCAGGCGGAGCAGUGAGCCCCCUUCCCCGUAAACGGUACACAGAGGACGGCAGCCGAGGGUUCCCGACUCCGCUUGCCCGGCCAGAGCCAUCCCCUAGCCGUGCGCGCCUUCCCCCCUUAUCUGCCGGCCACAUUCCCCAGCGAGUGAGCUCAGCUGUUCGCGCAGCCUCUCUCCUUUUAUGGUCAAACAACUUUGCCUGGGCGAGGCUUUUUUCGCGAGUUGGUCGGAAGCGCUGGGCUCAGCAGCUCCCCCACCUCUCCUUUAGCACUGCCUCUCGCGGCAGGCAGGGCGGCUGCGGCGGCAGGGCCGUGCGGGGAGCGCAGCGGCUCAGCCCCGCGAUCGCCGACCCCUCAAGGCGGCGUUUUCCCCUCGUCGCUCUUCCGAGCCCCGUCCCCAGAGGUGCUGAGAAGAUGGCUUCCCCAGGUGCCCCAGGGACCCGCAUGACCGCCACAGUCAGUAUCAACAUUUCUACCCCUUCCUUCUACAACCCACAGAAGAAGUUUGCACCUGUAGUGGCCCCUAAACCCAAGGUGAACCCCUUCAAGGCUGGAGGUCCAUCAGAGUCAUCACUGCCCCCACCUCCUGGAGCUGGUGCCCAGCAGGCCCUGAUAGGGAAGGUGGGGGAGAUUCCAUCAGUGUCCACGUCCCAGCUGGUAGAAGAGCUGCCGCUGCCACCUCCUCCCCCACCCGGAGAGGAGGAAAGUUUCUCUGCAAAUUGUGCUUUUCCCCCACCCCCACCACCCUUUGAGGAGCCUUUUCCGCCGGCCCCAGAUGAAGCUUUUCCUCCUCCUCCUCCACCAAUGUUUGACGAAGGGCCUGUGAGCACGGUAUCUCCCCCGCAGGUAUCUCCAGCAUCCACAAGUCACUUGGAGAAACCCUCAGCCCCAAAAGCUUGUGUGGAAAUACCAUCUGCACCCAAAGAUACUCCUCAUUCCUUUCCUUCAAAGUUCACUCCAAAGACAAGUGGAGUGGAUUUGAACCCUGCCCCAACCCCAUGGACAGCCCCACAGCAACGCAAGGAACCAUUGGCACCAGUCCCUCCGCCCCCCUCUCUCCCUCCUGCUCAGCCCACCCCUAAAUUCAACCCGCCUCAUGUUGUUGGCUCCCCAAAGUCUGGGACCAAACCGGGUGGUGGUGUUCCCACGGCUCAGUCAAACUCUGCGAGGUACCCUGCCUCCCUGCACACUCAGUGCACAGCUCCUUCACCCUCAGCUCCCUCUGCUCAGCCACAGCCCCCCACUUCCACCUGUGAGCAGCAGAAGGAAAGACCCCAAGUGCAGGAGAAGCCACGUCCCACAGAACAACCUGCUGCUUCAAAAAGCAUGCACAGACCCACAGGCUCUAGUGCAGAUCCACCCAGAGGAAAUUCUUGUCUGACCAUGAAGGAAGUAGAAGAGCUGGAGAGGCUGACCCAGAGACUAAUGAAGGACAUGGAGCAUCCACCCCCAGCAGAGGCUGCUACUUCUGAGCUCUGCGGCUUCUGCCAGAAGCCCCUGUCACGAACCCAGCCAGCUGUGAGGGCCCUGGACUGCCUCUUCCAUGUGGAAUGCUUCACCUGCUUCAAAUGUGAGAAGCAGCUGCAGGGUCAGCAGUUCUACAAUGUGGAUGAGAAGCCCUUCUGUGAGGACUGCUAUGCUGGAACCUUGGAAAAGUGCAGUGUCUGCAAGCAGACCAUCACAGACCGGAUGCUGAAGGCCACUGGUAACUCGUACCAUCCCCAGUGCUUCACCUGCGUGAUGUGCCAUGCCCCGCUCGAGGGCUCCUCUUUCAUUGUGGACCAGGCCAACCAGCCUCACUGUGUGAAUGACUACCACAGGAAGUACGCUCCCCGCUGCUCAGUCUGCAGCCAGCCCAUCAUGCCAGAGCCUGGCAAGGAUGAGACUGUGCGUGUGGUAGCACUGGAGAAGAACUUCCACAUGAAGUGUUACAAGUGUGAGGACUGUGGGAAGCCCUUGUCCAUUGAAGCAGACGAGAAUGGGUGCUUCCCACUGGAUGGGCACGUGCUGUGUAUCCGAUGUCACACCGCCCGUGCCAAGACAGCCCGCUGAGCAGCCUGGAGCUGGGCAGACCCUUCAGACCCCCGCACUCAGUACUCUUCCCCUCCCUGCCUUUUCCUGUCCCUCUGCUUGAGAAAGGUAGAUUGCUACCAAUGGAGACUAUGCCAGCACGGCUCUCUGCUCCUGUAGGAGUCACUGCUGCUCGACUUCACUCUGCAUACCCACCAAGAAAGGACCUCUCCUCUCACCUCUCUGUGGCCGUAAGGUAUUCCCGGUUGGAGGCUAUGAUCAAGGUUGAGGGCACAAUCUCUGUUCUUCAAGACUCUGGGAGAGAAAGAGCAGACUCCACCAGUGCCUGCUGGAAGUAGUAGGAAUGGCCUGGUGGCAGGUGUUGCAAAGGGCUGAGCAUUCUUCUGUUCCAUGGAGCCAAGAAUGAUGAAUUUAGAAGGCAGAGAAACCUCCAUCUUGGCAUCACUUAGGGCUUUGAUUUUUUGGUUGUUUGGUUUGUGCCACCUUGUUAUCAGGAUGCCUUCUCCUACCCCCUCCCUCACUCUUGGGUUACAGUCUGGAGGCAGCACAUACUGGGAAUCUGUUACUGUAAAGAGCUAACCCAGUGCAGCUGUUCUGUCUCUGAUUGGAUUUUACUGGUGGUCUUAUCACUUUCUGUCCUCAGCCAGGUCAGACUGGCCCUGGUCAGAAUCCUCCUUGGCUCCUUAGUUUGGAAGCUUUUCUAAAAACUCUUUUCCCUCCCCAAAAGAACUCAUUUCCCAUUGUUGUCUCUGGGCAGCCAGGCCAGGCACCAGAGCAGCAAAGCAGUCAGAAGAAUGCAUGUUUACAGACCAUGCUGAGGGUGGGCAGCGUGUGGUGAGGAGGCAUCUCAGUGCAUGGAUGAGGCUUCAGCAACCUGAGGACCAUCCCAUUCCUGUAGGGAUCCCUUCAGUGCUGUCAGUGAAGCUGCAGUGCACCUGCAGUGUGUUCAGGCUCUGGGACUGCACAGAGGCCCCUGUCCUGGACUAGAGCCCUUCCAGCUGAACCAGCCUGUUCAGUCACCAUGCUGUCCCCUCUCUGCUGGCAUUCAAUAAAACCUGGGG